AUGAUGAAUCGAUUCCGCAAGCACAAGAAGGCGAAGGAGCCUGAGGACCAAGAAGGAGCCUCAUCGGGAUUCAGUCUGAAGCCAUCGAAGAAGAAGGAGACACCAGAACCCACACCCGAUUUCGACCUAUCAGCCGCAUUGCCCUCGACAGACAACUUCCGAACUAGUCUGCUAAUGCCUAAGCUAUCUGCUCGAUUUAGCAUGCUGAAGGAACAAGAUGACCCACAGUCAAUGCUAGGCAAGGCCAGUGACGAUAGCGUUUUGUUUCCCAAGCGCGCUUCGCGACUCAAUUUGUUCGGUCACAGCCCCGCGAUGCUCGCCGAUAUUGACGAAGUUUGCUCUAAUGACGGUAGCCGACCCUCCCUUGCACUCGACCGCACUUCUUUCGCCUCCGGUAGGGAUGGAUAUGGUACAGACGAUGAUCGCUCUCAGGGGGGUAGUAUGAUGAGCAGAGCCCGCCGCGCGGAGGGCAAUAAUCUGUUCGGAGGUCGCCAAAAGAUUUACAAGAUCCCGGUCAGAUCCCCAGUUGGAACAACCCCCGAUGCGCCAGAGAGUGGGAACCGGACCAUGGGAAAGCCGAUAUACGAGAACGACAUGAACCUAUCUGCCUUCCAGCGAUUGCGCCUCAAGGAGAAGGAAGAGAGGACGGCGGAGGCCAUGCGGGAAUCUGGGUAUGCAGCCUCAACCGCUUCGUCUAAUAGCCGAGCCACGUACUCCUCCACCGCGUCUGGACCCCUGUCAACAGUUCCUACAUCAACUGCAGCAACCUCGGCCGACGAGUCACCGUCGAAUCCAUCCCAAUCUCCAGUGACUGGUUAUCCGUUCCCGGAAACCGUUCAUGAGGCCCCCCGACCUGGUCUCGGGAUGUCUACCCCGCGCAAUGGCUCAAUCCGUAGCCGUCGUCUCUAUGAACAAGGAUUGGCCCAGGCUGCUCAGAACCAGCAGAACUCGGCCUUGAACCGCCUGGAGAGUCUGAGUCGCCAGCGGGCCGGCACUCCCGACCUCCCCUCUUUGAACCGCAACUACUCCAGAAGUGCCACUAACCUGCGAGGCCGCCUCCAAAAGCUUGCAAUUGUCGAGCCGCCUUCUACCUCACAGCCGACUAGCCCCCCUUCGUCAGCAACGUCACCGAAGCCCCGCAUGUCCGGAGAACCUGCGCUCCAAGACCGUCUCUCGCCCACAGCCGCAACAUUUGGGGCUCCUCCCCUGAGCCCACCGACAAGCGAAAACGACGAGGCUUCCUCGCUUUUGGCGGCAUCGCUUCACCCAGAAGAUCAUGGAAAGGCUACUGCCAUGGGCUUGUUUAGCCGGCCUACCACUGGUUUCGACGAGCAGGCCUUCUCCCGCCGCCAGCUUCAAAUGCACCAGGGACGAGAGACUCCGCCUCCGCGCCGUGCAUCACCUCCGCGCCGACCUCUGCCCGCAGAGCCCGUAGGCCGUGUUCGGGGACUGUCCAAGUCCAGCUAUCGUUCCCGAGCAGGGUCCGCGUCCUCUCACUACAGCAGUGAUGCGCAUCGCGGCAUCGAUCAUUCUUGUGCGUCCAGCGUUGAGGCUUCUCCUUUUAGACCUGGGGUGAGGACUUUUUGUGCCAACUCAAGCGCGAGCGAGUCUGGCGAUGAAGGAGAGAAUCCCUCUUCGCGCGGAAACCCAUCUGCGGCUUCGCCGGCUACCGAGUACGGCCCCCCACUUCAGCACUCCAGCGUAACACCUAACAAGUCAAGUGCCACAAAGGAUCACCUUGAAACACUCCCUGAAGUGAGAUACUCCGAUCUAGGCGACCUUAGACCAAUCAACGAGAAUGACCUUGAUUUCGCAAUUUCAUCUUCUGAAAUUAGCGAUAACACACCCAAGAGACCUGACUCGCCAACCCUGCAACCAGAGCAUGGCUUCGGAAUGGGGGGAAUGAUUCGAUCUCACUUGCGCCAGGAAAGUGACAGAUCUGCCAUCUUGCCUCCUUCACCUCUCCAGAACGGUAGCUAUGCCGGUAAUAUCGCGGCUCAGAGAUCGAGCCCCCAACCACCGACCUCCCUUCCCACGAUCACACACCCCACCGAUAAGAGCCGGCCAUCAUCAGAAACCCGACCAGGAACUGCAAGCUCGCAGUCUCCCUCUAGACAUUCUGCGGAGGGCACGGUUUCCCGAAACAGCGUAGAGUCAUCCGCACCUGGAACAAUUCCCGACACAGCUUCCGUAUCGAACACCCCCUCCUGGAGAGAGGAAAUAGAACUUCAUCAUCGUCGUCAUGGGAGCACCGAGACCCAAAAAGAGCGAGAGGAAUUCGCCAUCGAGCUGGCAGAGAGGCGUAGAAAGGUGCAGGAGAAGCUGCGAAGUGUUGCUGAGAACGAAAGCCGCUCGAGCAGCCCCACCCCGGGCCGGUCAACUCCAGACUUGUCCCGGGCAGGUAACGCAUUCGCCAUGUUGAAGCACAAGUCUAGUAAACAGGGCGGCGGAAAGCCGGAUCAGAAGAAGCUAUUCGGCUAUGUCGGUGGUAAUGCGUCCACCCCUGCUCUCUCUUCAGAUGACUCGUGGCGUGAAGAGGAGAGGCCCUCUUUCAACUUUGGCCGACACUCCAACUCGAGCUCUCCCCACAUUGGAUCAGAGCGUUCGCUCAGGUCUCGUAUGCCAUCCUUGAGCCGCGACAACAGCCACGGAGACUCGCGCGAGUCCAGCCGCAGCCGUGGCCACUCCCCGUUCCGAGACCAGAGAGAUCGUGCAGGCUCGGAUGCAUCAGGCCGGUCCAAGAGUCGAACCAGACUUCGCGAACGGGAUGACCUUGAAACUGUGGACGAGGGUUCAAUCAUUGCACAUGAAAGAUUCGUUGUUCCUGAGGGCUCUGAGCCUCCCAUGCCUACGUCAGGUCGUCCAUCAGCAGAAAUGUCUGACUCUGUGAACUUUGACCGCGCUUCCUCUGCCGCUUCGGGCAGACAUCGCAGUACUAGCCGAUCCAACACGCCCAGCUUCCAAUACGAGCGGCCAUUCCAGUUUUCACAGUCCAACACGUCCUCGAUCAUCGGUGCCUCGCCCCGGCCCCCACCUGCCGCCCCGGCCUACUCUGCCAAUGCCACGCCUCCGCUGAACGAAAUGCCGGAAUACAGCUCGUCCACAUCCCUAGCCUCUGCAUCCAACAGCUCGCAGCUUCCCCAACGUGGUUUGGGACAUGGUUCCCUCUUGAAACGGCCUGUGAACAAGAAGCAGAUCUCGGAGCCUACCUUUGUCUCAUCCACAUCAGAUGUCCCUCUCGUCGGUCUCCCUCCCGGAUCCGCGCUGCCUUCAUCCAGCGGCGCACCUCCAGUUCCACCUAUGAACCCACGCCGUCGCCGCGGGACCGCCACCCAAACCAUCUUGGGCGCCUUUAAAAGCGACAAGAACGACCUGUCGCGGGUAGCUUCCCCCGUCCCGAGCCCCGCGGAAGAGCAGAGUGGCUUCCUAGAUGAUGAAAAACGUCCGCGCUCCCGCAACCGUCUCCGUAAAACUUCAAGCGAGAACGGUAAUCUGCAUGGACGAUCGCGUCAGGGAUCCAUGCAUGGCUCCCCGCCAGCUGUUCCUCAAUACCCACCUCCUGCUAUCCCCGUCGACGGAGGCAUGUUCUAA